UAGUUUAAGUUCUCGUUGUAUUGAAAUAAUAUAAUUGGAAUCUGAAGUUGAUGGGUGAUUUUGUUUCAUGAAAUUUUGAUUGAGUUCAGAAGAAAGAAAAUUUUAUUGUAAAAAUGUACAUGCUACGGAAAACAAUAUCUUGUAAACUCAAAGUAUGAGCUUGCGAUGGUAUUUUGGCUUUAUUCCAAAGUCGUCACAUGAUAAGACAAUUUUACUAGUUUGCUAUCAUUCUGUGUUUGAUUCCAUAAUCUAGAAGAGGUUUUAUGUAUUCUAUGUAUAAAGCUUCAAGAAAUAACAGGACAUUUAGGAAUUAAUGUAUUUGAAAGUGUGAAGAGCGCUUUGUCAGGAGUGAUUUUCAAUCUUUACUUAAAGUAUCACUGUUGUUGAGGUUGUCAAAAAGAUUGUUUGUUAUUAUUAGCAGACAACUGGAAGACUUUUAUGAAAAGAAUGAAUAAAACUAGUUUGCCGCUAAAGGUUUUAGAAAAAGAAAAUUUAAAAUCUAAAAUUCCAAUCUUCCACCAUGUUUUUCCAAAUCCGUCACGUGGUUUGUAACGCUAUGAAGAAGUAAACAUGGCCGCCACUGAAGUGGAAACAAUCACGAAAGACCUCAAUUUAAACGAGGAAUUGGAACAGUAUGCGGAGGAGAAGGACGAGGAAAUAUCACGAAACGGUGAAGCAACGUCUUUGAAAAAGAAGAAGAAGAAAAAAAAGAAGAAAAAAGCUGCUGAUGCCGGAGUUAAUGGUGAAAGUGUGAAUGGAGUUGUAGGCAAAGAAGAAACAAUCAGCAAUCACAUAAUGAAUGGUGAUGAAAAUGACAAAGAAAACCAUGAUAUUGAAGAUGAUGCAAAAACCACAGCCAAUGAAAGUAAGAAAAAGAAAAAGAAGAAGAAGAAAAAUGGAAACACAGCUGCAACACAAACAGAUCCACCAACUGUUGCAAUCAGCGACCUUUUUCCAGAUGGAAAUUUUCCAGUUGGUCAAGUUGUUGACUAUGCAGACAAUAAUUUAUGGCGUGUGACGAAUGAAGAAAAACGUGCGUUGGAUCGUUUACAUCUUGAUCUUUACAACGAUGUAAGACAGGCAGCGGAAGCUCACAGACAGGUGAGAAAGUAUGUACAGAGUUUUAUCACUCCUGGACUGACUAUGAUUGAUAUUUGCGAAAGACUGGAAACCGCCUCUCGAAAACUGAUCAACGAAAAAGGUCUUGAAGCAGGACUUGCGUUUCCCACGGGUUGUUCUCUCAAUUAUUGUGCCGCACAUUAUACUCCAAAUGCCGGUGAUAAAACUGUUCUCCAAUACGACGAUGUCUGCAAGAUUGACUUUGGAACGCACAUCAAUGGACGCAUCAUUGACUGUGCAUUCACAGUCGCCUUUAAUCCUGUGUACGAUCCUCUUCUUAACGCUGUGAAGGACGCCACCAACACUGGGAUUAGGGAAGCUGGAAUUGAUGUGAGAUUAUGCGACAUUGGUGAAUCGAUUCAAGAGGUUAUGGAAUCUUACGAAGUGGAAAUAAAUGGCAAGACUUAUCCUGUGAAGGCAAUCCGAAAUCUUAAUGGUCAUUCCAUAGGUCAGUACCGUGUUCAUGGUGGCAAAACGGUACCCAUCGUCAAAGGUGGAGAAGCCAUCAAAAUGGAAGAAAACGAGUUUUACGCGAUAGAAACAUUCGGGAGUACAGGAAAGGGUUAUGUUCGUGAUGAUAUGGAAUGUUCGCAUUACAUGAAGAACUUCGACGUGGGACACGUACCGCUGAGAUUACCUCGUGCAAAACAACUUUUAAAUGUGAUCAAUGAGAACUUUGGCACCUUGGCUUUUUGUCGAAGAUGGUUGGACCGAAUAGGCCAGACAAAAUAUCUCAUGGCUCUAAGGAAUCUCUGUGAUUCAGGAUUGGUUGAUGCCUACCCCCCUCUAUGUGACAUCAAAGGCAGUUAUACUGCACAAUUUGAACACACGCUGGUGUUGCGACCCACAGUCAAGGAAGUAUUAAGUAGGGGUGAUGAUUUCUAAGCCCAUUACUACAUUUACCGUAGUAAUCAGCUUAUUGUCAACUACAUUUAUCGUAGAGAAAUUUAAUGAAUGUGUAUAUUGUAGGUGAAACGUGAAUAUAAGUUUUGCCAAAGUUGA